CCACCUGGCGUUGUCGGGAAAGGCUGGGAGGUCUUCCCUGUCAUUGUAAUUAAGACCUACUAAGAGAAUCUAAACAUCAAGCACAUGAUACUGUCAAUGGGACCUAAAAUACUUUUUAGGACCUACAAAAAGGCUGCCAAGAAAGUUCGCCAGUACGUCUGGACCUCCACCGUAGAGACAUCAGAUUUUUCGGCAAAUGAGGCCUUGCCGGGAGUGGAAGCAGUCGUAUCGCAUCCCCCCCUCAGAAUGCCUUCACCACCUGCAUUGAGCUCCCGCUCGUUGGUGGGGGGUCAGCACAAGACCAGCCAGGCAGGCAAGCGCCAACCUCAGCUGCAACCUCAGCACAGCCAGGAGGAAAAUGAGGGGUCACCUGUGACUGCAUCAAGUUCCCAUUCGUCAGCCAUAGGUUACGAGGAUGACCUGGCAGAGACCCUGCAAGCGCAGCAAGUGAACCAGCCCCAGGACAACCAGGAAGCCAGUGAGGAUCCCAGUCGUGUCCAGCUGAAAAUGAUUCACCUUUUGGUCGAAAUUCGACAACAGAAUAGGGACAUCCUGCAUCAGUUUUCACAGCUGAGGCAGGAUGUCCUAGACAUCUCUGAAAGGGUGGCCUUGCUGGAGGCACCGGCAGCUCAGGCAGCACGAGCCCCACAGGUCCUGCCCCUGAUUCUCCCAAGGCUGCCAGCCGAAAGCCUUCAGGAGUUGGAGGCAGCAGAGGCAGCAGUCAAGGAGAAGGGUGUAGCCAAAGCCUUGCAAGAUCAGCUGCAGAAGGUUGGGGGCAGGAACCUUCCAGAGGUAACUGCUGGCAUCAUGAAGAGCAUCAUGGGUCAUCCGGUCCAGGUGCUCUUCAGCCUCUACGGCCGCAAGGGCAAGAGGGCCUUUAUCAAUUUGGGCCUGUGCACCAUUGCAAUAGGUAAUAUUCAAUUAUUGAAAUUCCUGGCUGCCCUACAAACUUCAUUAUGUAACCCCAUAGUCACUGACAAAGCAUGGCCUGAUAUAUGCACCACUGCUCAUCGAGCGUGA